AUGGCCGACCUGCUGAAAACGUGGUUGCAAGCGCAACUUGGCGUGAUUAUGGAUCUCACUCCGGAGAUAUUCGGCCGCCACACCAGAGACGGUACAUUGAUCGCUCAGAUCCUCCACAAUUACGACGUAAUUAGCAGCAACCAGCUGAGUAUGAUCGUGCGCACGUACGACCCGGCGCUGUCCAGGGUGAACCUGAAGAUUCUGCAGAUCUGGCUGAAGCUCAUCAACGUCACAUUGAGCGACCAAUGCAUCGAGAAGAUCUCUAAAGUUAAAGGUGCAGCAGCUCUCGAGCUCUUCUACAAGGUCUACUUCAGCCUGGAAGGCAAAGAUCGACUGGAUUUUAUUGUCUUGCAGAAAGAACGGAAAAAAUUGGCCUCUGCAUCCAGCAAAUUUCGUAUCACCAAAAUACGCGAAGAAUCACCUAUCUAUCAGCCACCCGAGCAUCCUCUUUCGAAGCCACUGAUCGAGGCGACCGACACCAUUCUAUGGUAUCGGGAUAAAUUCUGGAGUAUUUUGCAGGCCUGCAAAAAUGAACGACGACGAUUCGAAGACGAGAUGAAAUAUUUCACAAUACCAGUUGAGUACUUCCCAAAUGACGUAGAGAAUGAGGCCAAAGAAGAGAGUGAAAGACUGGACGAGUUCGCUCUCAAAUAUCCGGCUUGCAAAACGCAAAAGAAGAAGCUGGUCGAGUGUUGUCCCCAGAAGAAGUACUUCGACGUCACCUCCGUCGAGGACCCCGCGAUCGCGACGAAGUACGUCGACUUCCUGAAGAAACGCAGUAAGCGGGCGGCUAAAUUCCAUGACUCGAAGCUGAAGACGCAGACGACGAUGAUAGUAGACGCGUGGGAAAAGUUACUGAAGCAGCAAGACAAGUCGUUCGACGAAGCUCUCGGCCUGCGGGUGUUGAAUCAGUCGCAGUACGAGAAGCAAAUCAUGAGGAAGCUGUGUGAAGUGCGUGACAUGAGAAACAGGGUCGUGGAGAAUCUUAAGAUUGUCGACACGAUGCUAUUGAAAAUCCAAGAGAACGAACAGCGGCUGCAGGAGCGUCGCGAGCAGGAAGCAGCGGCAGCGGAAGCGCGAGACGUCGAGAUGGAAGUCCGUAGAAUGCGCGAACUACAUCAGAGGAUUCACGAAGAGAAGGUGCGCAGGUUCCGAGAGAUGCAACGCGGAAUCUGCUUGGAGGUCGUGAGGGAUCUCGCAGAUGUCGCGGUAAAAAUCGCCGAGUAUCGCCAGGCCGACGAUGAUGGCGUGCCACGUUCCAUCUGGAGUGACUGCAGGACGUUAUUCCUGAAGAAUCAACCGAUCUUCGAGUUCGCGGAGUACUCGGAUUUUCUUGAAGUCGCAGACGCAGAGGGGGUGGAGGAGGAAGACACGCGGAAAAAGGCGGAAGAUGAAGAAACGAGGAGUCACGAGAUCAUGAUAAAGGACGGGAAUGAUCCGAAGAACGGAGAGACGAAAGACACGCGGCGUACGGAUAAUGGAAAGGAAGAAAAAGUUGUGGACAAGCAGAAGCUGGAACUUCUUCAGCUGGAGCUGGAUCGUCAGAGAGUCUUGGCUGAUGCGGACUUCGAGAAUUAUCGAGAUUUGGCUUCACCUUGGGACGAAUUCGUGCCGACGAGAAAAGAAGGACAAGAAGAAGACGAAGCUGAAGAGGUUUCCAGAUUAGGUUGCGUCGUGCUGGGCUACGUGGCUCAUCGUUUACUGAGGAUGUUGCACAAGUUACCCACCGAAAUCACGACUCCUUCGAUGCCGAAAGUUAAAGUUGCGGCCAUUGUCUUGGGUGUAACAAGCACAGCGUUGCUCGAUGAGCUGCGAGAGCUGCUGAAGAAGUGCGACGUGCACUUGCUGCAGAUGGAGGACGCGAUCGAUCAUUGUCUGGAAAAGUACAAGCGAGAAAUGGCGGAUGUGGAGUACAUCGAUCUCGACAUCGUCUCGGCGAGAGACGUCAGGAGAUCGGAUGGCAAGACAAAUGGUCCGAAGAACCGUCGCGUGAAGUUACCCGAGCAGGCAACGGUGAAAAAUACCGUAGUGACGCAGCGGCAGAAUGUCGAGGAGAAACAAACGCAAACACCGAGGCAGAUCCCCUACGAUGAUCUGCACCCGACCUUGAGCAAUGCCGCGUACAUCGGUAAAUGGACUUACGAAUUUCUCACGUUGGGUCAGUCAAUCUCUAACGAGCUGAACACGAAGAUACUGAUGGAAUACCUCAAGGGAAUAGAGAGCGUCGAAGGUUGGGCGUUAAUAAAUUAUCCCAACACGUACAAGCAGAUGGCAAUGUUGGAGGAAGCGUUGACCGGAUACCGAAUGCCUCCCGAUCGUAAUAACGUCCUCGAUCUCGCGAGCAUCGAGGACAUCGAGGACAUCGAUCCUCAGUCACCCAGAAUAGUGUUUGACUCUGAUGAAGUCGACACAUACGCGAUGUGCCGGCAAUCCAGAUUAUUGCCGGAUCCAAUUUCCAAAGAAAAAGAUCGUCCCAGUUCGUUCGUGACGGUAUAUAUCAAGGCAAUGCCGAAGCCGAAGACCUUAAGCAAUCAAGAUAUAUGUUGUAUACCUUUGCCCGAUGAUGCGACUUCCAUGGACGAAUAUUACGCUGAUCAGAAUAUCGCGCACGGAUUUUAUUACAACAUUCUGGACCUCUCAAGCAUGAAACAACUGGCCAAAUUGAUCACGGGCGAGCGGUUGACUGGGAGGGAGUCGCCUUUGGAUCUCCUUGAUGAGGUUCCGCAGGAACAGGAACCUCCCACUGAUCCAGAGGCGGCUAUUAUUAAACGUUGGGUGCUGAAAUCGAAGUGGGAGAAGUUACAACGCGAUCAGGUGGGAAAUAGCGAAACCGUAAAUCGUGAUUCACCAGCGGUAGCGGAAACACAGCUCGCGAGAUUUCCCGUCAGACCCGGAGAAUACGGUUGGCAGUGGAUGGACUUUCCGCAGUCUCCGCUUUUAUUGGAGACCUUAGCCAUGCUCUGGGAGAGUAUGGAGGAUGGCUACGUGGAGAACCUGAAGGAGAUCUUUUCCUUGAAGAGAAUCCAUACGUCGGCUAUUAUUCCCUAUAAGGAAUUAGUUCUGAGGAACUUGAGAAAUUUCAUCGAUCGGCCCGACAAUCGGCAGAAUUUGCUGCAAGAUUUCCAUCGCGCCUUCAACGAGAUCGAUAAGGAUCUCAGGGAAGACAUAGACAUGAAGUGCGAGCUACACUGUCGUGUCGUCGACUUCCGAGCGGAAUUGUGGGAGCUCUGCGACGCGCGGCGGCACGAAGCCGAGAAUGAGAGAAAACGCAUCCUGCGUAACCAGUGGGUCCCUGUAGAAACCGCAGUCCUCGUCAACGUGUACAUCGAAAUCCUGCAGACGGAGAGCGACAGAUUCGUUGACACCGUGCAGCUCCUUCAGGACUACUACACGUCGAUGUCGCAGAAACCUCUGCAGGAGUCGCGGUUUUCCAAGAUCCUUCUCGAUCGUGUGGAAUUAGAUCGCGAUUUUCGAGAAACGUCAAAUUCUGAGACAACGGACGAGCCGAUCAACGAUAAGGAAAAGGAAACAACAACGAAGACGAAGACUGAUUCGGUCGAUGCUUUUACUCGCACGACACAUAUCAAGCACUUCAAGACCGACAUCGAGAGUCUCCUGACGAACGCGUCGAGAACCUUCGAUCCCGAGCGGAACGUCGUUUAUGAUGUUAUCAAAGAUACCAUUCGACAAGUGCGAAGUGCUGUCGACUCCACCUCGUCGACGAUCAUGGAGACGUUGAAGAAAGAAGAAAAAGCCGCGGUUUUGAGCGCUGAGUCGAAAAAUAAAGUAGGGAAAAUAACAAGUGCAUCACCCAACUCAAUAUUGAUCAAGUUGGAGAAAAGAAGCCGCGACUUGGUCGAAGAAUGGCGGUACGCCAUUCGGUUCGAGAUUGAUCGUAUUCGUCGGCGCUUGGACGUAUUGGACGCGGCUGCUCGGUCGGACGUGGCUUUUCUUCUGGACACGAUGCGGCGAACCUUUCAUCGCUUGCACGACCGCAUCGUCGAGAGGUUGAUACCAUUAAUAACGUGA